CGAGCGCGCGCGCGCGUCGUCGUCGUGUUCGCGUGGACGCCUCCGCGCGUUCGUGAGUGAUCGCCGAUCAUGUCGAGCUCCGGGGACGUGCCGAUCUCGCACCUCCACCUCAACGGCGCGGCGACCGCGGGGGGCGAAUCGCGUUCGCACGAUAAAGGUGGGGGAGGCGGACGAGGUACCGUCGCCGACGCGGAGGGCGAUCGCGGCGGUUCCGACGCGAUCGGCGCGUCCGCGCAGACCGCGGCGGGAGCGAAGCGCAAGGCGGGCGCGCUCGUCGUCGGAACCGGCGACCGCAGAAGCGGCGUCGGGGCCGGCGCGUCCAGCAACGCCGGUCCGGGAAGGAACGCGCGGAGAAAGAUCGGCAAGUCCGGCUUCAGAGGCGUCGCGUUCCACGGCGUGAGCAAAAAGUUCCGCGCGCGGAUCACGUCCAACACCGGCGACGGGCGACAGAGAGCGUUGGGGUACUACGAGACCGCGGAGCUCGCGGCGAGGGCGUACGACGUCGCCGCGCGGGAGCUCGGGGUCAGCGCGGAUCUGCUAAACUUCCCCACGGAUGCGGAGACGGCGGAAGGCGUCGGAAACGGAGGAGCCGACGCGUCCGCGCCGCCGCCCGCCGACCCCCCGCCGCCGCGCAAGGGCGCGGGCGCGGGACGGCCGACGAAGAGAGAGGGCGUCGCGUCGCUCGAGCUCGCGAUCGUGGGACCGAACGGCGAGAGCGAAGCGGCGCUCGUCGCCGCCGCCGUCGGCGACGGCGGCGGCGACGGAGGCGCCGCCGUCGUCGCGGUCAAAGAGGGGAAGGCGACGGCGACCGGGAUCAAGGGCGUGCGCCUCAAGGGCAAGGGGUCGUACGAAGCGCGGAUUAAGGUCCGCGGGAAUGAUAAACGCAUGCAGCUGGGACGUUUCCCCGACGCGCGGUCGGCGAUGCGGGCGUACGACGCCGCCGCGAGACGGGCGGGGUACUGCGUGAACCGCGUGGAGGCGACGGGCGAUCUGAUCGAUACCCAAAGCUUAGCCGCGAUCGGCGUCGCGUGCGACGUCCUCAAGGGCGUGAAGGAGUUGACGCACGAGGAGGCGGCGAAGCUCGCGAUCGGGGAGCUGCCGGCGGUCCCGGGCGGCGUCGAAGUCGUCGCGACGAACUCGGCGGCGAUCGCGGGGGGCGCCGGGGGGGGAAAAAAAUACGCGACGUUCGUGCGCGUCAAGCCGGGAAUUCACGAGUACCUCGGGACGUUCGAUACCCUGGAGGAGUCGGCGAAGAAGCUGAAGGCGUCCAGGCCGUCGAUACGGGGUUUAGGGAAGGAGUGGGCCAAGAUCGCGGGCGGCGCGGCGGGGGCAAAAGAAAAGGGGGGGGGGAAGGGCACCGGGACGGGCGGCGGCGGCGACGACGCGAGCGGCGGCGGGGGAUCGAAAAAGCCGGGAAAGAAGCGGACGCUCGGCGCGAAGCACGGCAUCAUCGCGGAGGACGACGGCGUGGGCGACGCGGAUCACCGCGCGAGGUUGGUCGCCGCGGAGGAGGCGGGGAGGUUCGGGCUGGGUGGCUACGUCGCGGCGGUGGCGGACGCGGACCUCGGGACGCCGAGACACGCGUGA